AUGAACGCGGACGAGGCGUCUCGAUGUUUGGACAUUUCUCGCUCGAAACUUGCCUCGGCGACGUGCGCGUCGGAUUUGGAUUCCGCGUUGAAAUUUGCCAAGAAAGCCGCGAAACUUUCCUCGUCUUUGGCGCGAGAGGUUGCUGAGUUAGCGCGGGAGAUUUCAGAGCGACGAGCGAAAGGGUUCGCGGCGUCUUCGCCUCAUCCUGGGGAGCGAGCGAAAGAGGCGAGUGCGAGACGCACGGCGCAAGAGACGACGAGUGGACAGUCGACGAAACGAGGCGAAGACGCGCACGUCAAAGGGACUGCGGAACAAGAAAAGUUGAUGAAAGAUAUCACAUCGAAGAAGAACGAUUACUACGCGGUGUUGUCCGUCUCGCGAACGGCGACGGAGAACGAGAUUAAAAAGGCGUACAGGAAGUUAGCGGUGAAGAUUCACCCGGAUAAGUGUCAAGGGACGGGCGCGGAGGAGGCGUUUAAGAUUGUGAGUAAAGCGUUCGCGUGUUUGUCGGACGCGGAGAAAAGGGCGGCGUACGAUAGGUACGGGAGCGAGGAAGGGCCGCAAGGUAUGGCGAGUGGGAUGCGGAGGCGGCACGCGGGGCAAGCGCACUCGCCGUUUGGUGGGUUUGAGGACGAUAUCGAUCCGAGGGAGAUUUUUAACAUGUUCUUUGGCGGAGGUAUACCCGGGGUGAGGUUUCAAACGUUCGGAGGGAACGGGUUUCACGCGCACGGGUUUCACUCGCAUCGAGAGCAAAGGGCGAGGCAGCAGCAGAGACAGAGAGAGAAUAGAAGUAAUAAUAGCAGUAGACGACAGUACCAUCAAUCGGAACCGGAACAUUUAGCGUCGACGUUUGCGAGGAACUUUAUGCAAAUGAUUCCGAUUCUUUUGUUUUUGUUCUUGUGGGCGUUCUCGCCGGCGCCGGAAGUGCACUAUCAACUCUUUCCGGAUUCACCGAACAGCGGGUAUCAGACGAAAUUGCAGACGAAAAAGUUAGACGUGCCGUAUUACGUGAAGAGUAAAGCGCAUUUUGAUAAAAGUUUCACCCCGGGAACGUUCAAUCGACAACGCAUGGAGCAAACGAUCGAACGCGAUUAUCAAGGCAUGUUAGAAAACUCGUGCUUGUUCGAGAGAGGGACGAAAGAGAGGAUGUUGAGGAGUUAUUCCAGAGAUCAGAGAGAGAAAGGGAAAGUGUACGAGAUGCGACAUUGCAACGAGUUGAAGAAAUUGCGGCAAAAGAUGCGAUGA